AUGGCCACUCUCGCAGACGAGCUUCUCCAGGAUUUCGAGGACUCUGGCUCUGAAGCCGAGGACACUCAGCAAGACCACGAUCCUCUCGGCCUUCUCGACAAUGCGCCCGAGGCAAACGGCCGUAAGGCCUCCGGCGACAUGGAGCUCGACGGUGACCAGAGCGAACCCGAUGAUGAAGAUGAGGAGAUGGGAGGCAUAUCAAAAGGCGCUGUCGACCCUGUCGAAGAUGCCGAGGAUGCCAAAGCCAAGGUUGAGAAGAUGCAGCUGGGCAGCGUCAACGACGUUCGCAACGUCGCCAGUCUCAUGCAGACCCUCGAGCCCGUAUUAGAGCUUCUCGGCAACAUCGAAGACCAUCCUGAAUACCACCUCCUUACGCAAUCGAACAGUCUAUCUACGCUCAUCGAUAGUGAGAUAGUCUUGGUGCACAAGUACAUCCGAGAUCAUUACUCGAUACGAUUCCCAGAACUAGAGACGCUCAUCACCAACCCGCUAGAAUACGCAAAGGUAGUCGCUAUCUUGGGCAACGGGCCGUUGGACUCGGAAAAUAUCAAGAAACUACAGCAUGCGACGGAAAACCCUCUCAAGGUGUCGUUGCGAUCAGUUCUCGACGGCCCAUCCCUGAUGAUCGUAACGGUGGAGGCCACGACAACAAAGGGACGAGAAAUGUCACAGGAUGAACUGGAGCGCGUGUACAGAGCAUGCGAAAUGGUCAUCUCCCUCGACAAGGCCAAGAAAACCCUUACGGAAUACGUCCAGUCGCGCAUGAAUCUGUUUGCGCCGAACCUGACCGCUUUGAUCGGUUCGUUGACGGCGGCGCAGCUGCUGAACGCUGCCGGUGGGCUCACGGGUCUGGCCAAGACACCCUCUUGUAACAUCCCAGCAUGGGGCUCGAAGAAGGGCGCUGGUGCCGCGGGCUUGGCUACGAACAUCGGUGUUAGACAGCAGGGGUUCCUCUACCAUUCACCCAUCAUCCAGGGCAUCCCCAACGACCUCAAGAAGCAGGCCAUGCGCAUCGUAGCAGCCAAGCUCGUGCUCGCGGCGCGUGUCGACCGCAUACACUCUAGCCCCGACGGCUCUACGGGUGAAGACCUAAAGGAGCAGUGCCUUACACGGCUGGAGAAGCUCACGGAGCCGCCCCCGAACAAGGGCCCACGAGCUCUGCCAGUGCCGGACGACAAGCCAUCCCGCAAACGUGGUGGAAGAAGGGCAAGAAAGGCCAAGGAGGCGACGGCCAUGACAGAGCUGCGCAAGGCACAAAACAGAAUGGCCUUUGGCCAGGAGGAGAAGGAGGUCGGCUACGGCACGGGAGAGAGCACCGCAGGCAUGGGCAUGAUCGGCCAGGGCAACGACGGCAGGAUUCGCAACCUGCAAAUCGACCAGCGCACGAGGGCGAAGCUCAGUCAGAAGAACAAGGGAUGGGGCGGCGCGACGCCCAUGAACGGAGCCGCAUCGUCGCUCAGGGGGUUCGGGCAGUCUGCGAACUCCAACAUUGACCUCCGCGGCAAGGGUCUGAGGACAUCAGGUGUCGGCACGUCUCUGGGCGCGGGAGCGGGCACGGCGUCGUCGCUGGCCUUCACGCCCGUACAGGGUUUGGAGCUCGUCGACCCCAAGGUCCAGGCUGAACUCAGUCGCAAGCGGAAGGCGGAAGAGGACCGGUGGUUCAAGGGCGGUACGUUCACGCAGGUGGCCGGCUCCUCGUCCAAUGGCGGAGGGUUCAAGAAACCCGACUUGCCUCCCAACAAGAGGGUAGACACCGGCGCAGGGAAGAUGGGACCUCCACCCCCGCGCAGCGGCUGA